AACGCCCAGGCACUUACACGGGCUUUUAGGCGGAGUGGCGUGCCCCACUCCCAAUUCCAGGGUCCUUUUCUACCUAGAGUGACGUAUCGCUAUCAAUUCGCACUCCACAACACCAUCUACAAUCCAACUCUUCUCUUCAUCCUCAUCCUCAUCUCCAACCUCAACCUCUCUAAGCAAAGAACAACAACAACAACACAAACAGCUACAUAAUCGCCAUCCUCACAACAACCCGCCCACCAUGCAGGGCUUCAACAUGGGACGCUACGUCCCCCCAGACCUCGAAGGCACCACCUCCGGCAACAAGCUCAACAAGAAACACCCCCUCGGCAACCGCGCCUCCAAGCUCGCAUCCCACGGCAUCCUCACCGUGCGCUUCGAGAUGCCCUUCCCCAUCUGGUGCGCGCACUGCCCGAAGCCCACAAUCAUCAGCCAAGGCGUGCGCUUCAACGCCGAGAAGAAGCGCGCGGGAAACUACUUUUCGACGCCGGUAUGGAGUUUUCGGUUCAGGCAUGUUGAGUGUGGGGGGUGGAUUGAGAUGCGCACCGAUCCGAAGAACACGGCGUAUGUUGUUGUCGAGGGGGCUACGAAGCGGGAUACCGGUGAUGCUGGGGAUGUAGGAGAGGGGGUAGCUAUUUUGACGGAUCGUGAGAGGGAGGAGCUGCGCAAGAAUGCCUUUGCGAGUUUGGAAAAGACGAUUGCGGACAGGAAGCAGCUUGAGAUGGCGGCGGAAAGGCUUGAUGACUUGGAGGACUUGUCGAGGCGGCAGUGGGAUGAUCCGUAUGCGCAGAAUCAGAGGCUGAGAAAGGCGUUUCGCGUGGGUCGCAAGGAGAGGGAGAAGAUGGCUGCUGCGACGGAGGACUUGAAGGAGAGGAUGGGGCUGGGGCUGGAGUUGCUGCCGGAGAGGGAGGAGGAUGCGAAGAGAGCCGCUUUGGUGGAUUUUGGGUCUAGGCCGGAUGGUGAGGACGAGGAGGAUAAGGCGCUUUCUAAGCCUUUAUUUGCAUCGACGACGACGACGACGAGUUCACGAGCCAAAGCACAACAGAAAUCAUCAUCCUCGGCCAUGAAGGACACCAGGCUCAAGGCCGAAAAGGAAGCGUCGAGGAGAAAAGAGACCUUUGUUGCAGGCGUCAUCUCCAACACGCGGGCAGCGCAGGACCCCUUUCUUGUCCAGCCCAACAAUAACGACAAGGCGACAAGCAGCAGACCGUCUCUCGGUAUCGUCAAGAAGAGGAAGCGUGUUGACGGCGAAUCGGACGACAAGCCCGAAACUAAAGCCGCGAUGCCGGUUGGCGGAGGACUGGUGCAGUAUGAUUCUGAUUGAGUGCUGUGAGCGACGGCAUCUUUUCCCUCAUCUUGUUUUAUAUGGUUUCAAUGGCGCAUAGAUUUGGCAUUUAUAAAAGGGAAACGAUUCCCAAGCGAGAAAGAGAUGGAAUUACAUUAUGACAAUAUUUAGUACAGAUAUGAUACCCCUUUGUUAGAUUUAAUUGGAUGCAACUGGCACAUUACGGCCAUUUCUUUAUUUAAUCAAGAUGCAUUGAAAACUACUCGCAUUCCGCAUUCUAACGGACAUCCUAUUCAACAUACUGUAACCCAAUCCCACUCAUUACCUGAGCUUCCUCCUCCACGCUGUCGUCCAUUCAAAUACCUAGGUACCAAACUCCAGAGCACAUGUGACCCAAACGUAGUCGUCUCUCCUCCCACAUCUCAGAGGCAAGCAAGAGAGAUACCGACAAAGACAAAAGUAGAAAAAGUAGAAAAGGGGCAGCUGGUGCGA